CUCACUAGACCUAUAUAGAAUGUGAAGCAGGAAGUGUAUUCAUCUAGCCAGGUAGCAAGACGGUUUCACACUGUGUACAAACGGCUUAAAUGUAAACGACAUCUACAGUGACAUACGAUCUCAGGUCAAUGGUUUACUUAUAUUUAAACUUCUGGGGCCCUCCCCCGUUAUAAUUAUUACAUUAUAAAAGUGUUAUCCUUAGUAUCUUGAGUAUCGAGUGUAACGUUGAAUCUAACUUUAAAGGAAAUAAGGACAAAGUCAACUAUGUGUGGAAGUAAUUCGGAUUAGAGCAGUGUUGUUAUUUGAUACGCGCAUGAAUCUAGCGAUGACACUAACCUAUAUUUUCUGCUCGUCUGUUCAUUAAAACCAUGACAACACUUCCGGCCAACAUGAAACUGUACGGCAAUGACAUGUCCGCCCAGAGUCUGAUAAAACAGCCCAAGAUGGUUGUUAAGUAUGGGCUGCUUCGAAAGAAAAAUAAUACCCUGAACUUUGGGCGCUGGCCUCGCCGGUUUGUCAUCAUGAGGGAGUCAGAUCUGAACGUUUACGUAGACGAGAACUCCAAGGCGCCAAAAUCUUCUUUUUCCCUGCAGGGCUACAACACAGUGAAAAGGGUAGACACCAAAGGGCAGGACUGGGCAUUUUCGGUCCACCCCGCCCACAACACGGACCCCAACAAGAUAAAAACAUUUAGUUGCAUUAGUAAUUCAGAAAGACUGGACUGGAUGAAGGCCAUCAAAAGGCAGAUGUAUGUUGCUAACGGCAUGACCAUCCCUGAUACCACAAUGUCAGAAAAACUGAGGUCAAUAUCCCUUAGUGAAGAGGACAAUGAUGAAUAUUAUUUAAUCGAAAAAGCGAUAGACAUCUCGGAUGAGAUGAUCCCGGAAAUGACCAGCGAUUCGGAAGAAGAAAGUUCUGAUUCCGGAAGUGGUGGAAGCAAAGUGGGCAAAACUAGCAGGUCGUUUUCUCUUCCUCAGAAAGACCAAACUUCUCCUUCGUCGUCUGCUGGUAAAUUCAGGAAGACGUCCACGUCUGCCAUUUUCGAAAGUGAGGCUGAAAAGCGCGCGAACUCUAAGCCCGUAUUGCGGUCCCGCUCUGACGCGGCACCUCCAGUGCCCCCUCCCCGAUACAGCGACGUGAUGGAAGGCUGCCCCAACUACGUCAAUAUUCCCGGUCUGGAGGACGAGACGUACGAGAUCCCGGACGACUUUGUUGUACACACGCUCGAGGCGCUGUGCACCAUCCACGAAGAAAACCCUGACCGCGAAGAACUGAACCAGCGUCUUCUAGCAAAGAGGCAUCCAGGGACCUACCUCAUCCGCAAGUCCAGGAAAGGGGAUGAAAAAGUCCUGGCGUUUCUAGCGGAGGGUGGGCAGGUCAAGGAGUAUAAAAUUUACGAAGUGAAUUCAAAAUGGACGAUUGACAGAGUCAAAGAGUUCAAGGAUAUUAACGACCUGUUAAAGCAUUACUCUACCAUGGAGAAACUUCCAAAAACAAACAUUGCUUUGAAGAAAGGCUUCUUUGAAAGUUAGGACAUUCAAUUCUAUUAAAGGAGAGAUUCUGUUUCUUCUCCAUGUACUAGGACCAGUAAAAAAAAUGAAAGUGGACUUUACAGAAUGUUUCUUUGAAAAUUGCUUUAGAAUGUCUUUUAUUUUUAGAAUGUCUGUUUUGUCAACGUUUGUUUUUACUAUAAUUCAAGUAGAACUGUAUACAAUUUUAUAUUUAAGCUUAUUUGAAAGUAUUAGCUUUUGAAGGAAACAGCUAAUUUUACCUGCGUCACCGUAAUUCACAACAGUCUCUAAUAAUUUGUGUGCAAUAAAGGAAGUUGCAGACGCUAUAUCAGUCUGACCUAUAUAUGCACCUCCGAUUUAAACAACAACAACAACAACAAAACUUGUUGCCAGGUUUAUUAAGUCCAUACAUUAUUUGGACAUUUAUUCUGUGAUAUUUCAUUUAUACGAACGAGAAAUCAUUAUUAUUAAUAGGAUGUAAUACAUUUAUUGAUCUUGUACAAAUGCUGGUUAUUUUUUCCCUAAGAUACAAAUCUUCAAAUAAAAACAUUACUUUACCCUUAUACCAGAAUCUACAGUGGUCUUAUCUUAGCAGGGCCGGGUUUACGACUGCGCAUACAGUGCAGCUGCCCAGAGCCAACAUCUCAGAAGGGAAACUCCACAAACUAUAAAUUAAUUUAAAAUUUAGAAACUAAAUGAAAAAUACAAUGCCAAGGAGACAAAAGCAAGAGUACUUUAAAAUGUCUCCAGCAUUAUUCAUUUUAUUACAAAAGGUUAGGUCAGUCCAUAAAAUGCUGCAGUCUAUAUAGAGCCUAAUUCUCUGUUGAAACAUAUUUUAAACAAAAAUAAUUUUAACACAUUUUUAUUCUAUAAACAUUUAUGGGCCAGCUUUUUAAGCAUCUACGAGUCAAGAGAGGGUUAGACUAUAAUUUUACGUUUUCGUGUAAUUUUUUGUAAUCCCUACCCUCCCUGGCUACAUUUCUAAAUGUCUGAUUCUCACUGCAAGCAGAAAGUAGUUCUAAAUAUGUAAAGAGUAUGAGCUGUGAAUACUUAACUGGCAGCAUACAAUCUUGUCAUGUCAUUGAGAGUGUAUGUUUUCAGCACAUAAAUAAACACACUCUUUAAUACAACACAUUUAAAUAGAUUUAUAGACACUUACACGUACAAGAAUGGAACUGCAUGUAUCUUAAAAACAGCUGCUGACAAGUGGAGGGAUUUGGUUACGCGAACACCUACCCUCCUAAUGACAUCUAUUGUUAUACAGACUGGUCGGUUCUGAAGGACCCCAUGAGAGCCGGGUAUAAGGCCUAUAUCUGUUACCCGGACCCAGACAAGCUGUCAAGCACAUGCGGCCUCGCUGCUUGUAGCUUCGACGCUGAACUAACGGCGAUAACAAUCUCACUCAACCACAAGCUCCAAAAACUGCGUGAAUAGAAAACCGUUGCGACUACCGUUGUAAUGGUACCGACUCCCAGUGCUGCCUCCAAGCCAAGGCUGGCUUAGGGGGAAAGUCCCAAAUGGUGGAAGAGGCUCUCGGCGCCGCAAAUAACAUCCGUCGACUUAUUGGAGCUGUCAUCUUUAUGCAGUGGGUGCCCUCGCACUGCGGUGUGAGCACAAUGAGCGCUGGCCAUGCCCACUUUCGAGGCCCAAAGUACGUUUCAACAGGCUACGACAGUAAACGAGAGUGGGUACAUGGAAAAUGAUUGAAAUCCUGGGAUGAAUCUUAAACUGACAGGGGAGUCUGGCAGCACAUGCGCCUACCCUUACCAAGACGACCCGUGGUGGAGGCUAAAACGGUCGGAACUGUUGAUACGGGACACUGCCCCAUUGGUGCAUUCUUUGCCCGGUUCCGGCCCAAUCGUAAUACCCGUUGCCGACAUUCCGGGGAGUCAAAAGAAACGGUGGUGCACGUCUUGCAAGAGUGUCCGCAACUAGAUCUGUAUGGAGGCUAUGAGGCACUACGCCGCACGGGAGAGUUCCUUACCAGGCCACUACUUGUCACCAAUCGAUGUUCAUCUCUGGCUACACGAACUGUCACAGCACCACUAUGACGAAAGUCAAGGGACAAAUCAUGUGAUAGAUGAGGUGAUAGAACCUUACCAAAAAAUGUGUGUAUGUGAAUCUUGGGACAAGAAAUGCUUCUCAUCUGUGUCUUUACCACCCAUCCUCCUUUGUAUUUUGUUUUGAAAGCCCCAACCCCCCACCUCUAGACUGAACUAAUCAACGAGUUUGUGAUAUACACAUAUAUAUAUAUCAUCGGUUUAUAUUGUUUAAUGGUGUCACUCCAGCCAGUUAUUCUCCAUAGCUCUUUUCAUGCUCAUUUGUAUUUUUGUUCUGACUGUCAUUAUAUCUCCUUGCUUAUUUAUUGAUGUCAUGUUCAGAACAAAGAUAUAUGUUGAGGAUGUAUGCAUUUAUGUUGUAAGUAUUUAUGUUGUAAGUAUUUAUGUUGAAAAUGUAAGUAUUUAUGUUGAAAAUGUAAGUAUUUAUGUUGAAAAUGUAAGUAUUUAUGUCGAGGAUGUAUGUAUUUAUGUUGAAAAUGUAAGUAUUUAUGUUGAGAAUGUAAGUAUUUAUGUUGAAAAUGUAAGUAUUUCUGUUGAAAAUGUAAGUAUUUAUGUCGAGGAUGUAUGUAUUUAUGUUGAAAAUGUAAGUAUUUAUGUUGAGGAUAUAAGUAUUUAUGUUGCAAAUGUAUGUAAUUACCUGUAGAAGAUGCAUGUAUUCAUGUUGAAGAAGUAUGUAUUCAUGUUGAAGAUAUAUGUUUUUAAUGCUCUAUGUAUUUAUGUUAUAGAUAUAUGUAUUUAUGUUGGGGAUGUAUGUAUUAACUUGUAAAAGAUGUAUGCAUUUACCUGUAGAAUAUGUAGGUAUUUAUGUUGAAAAUGUAUGUAUUUACCUGUAGAUGAUGUAUGUAUUUAAGAUGUAUGUAUUUAUGUUGAAGAUGUAUGUAUUUACCUGUAGAAUAUGUAGGUAUUUAUGUUGAAGAUGUAUGUAUUUACCUGCACAAGAACUGAAUUGGUCCGCAUAAUGGAAUCUAUGGAAGCACAAAAAACUUAUUGCUACGCCAACGAGAUAUAACGAGUAGCUGUUUUUGAGUUCCUUUAUCCUCCAGGACCCCAAAGCAAUGAACAAGUUGUGAUCUAUCUUAUCAUUCAAUAUACUGUAUCUGUUUUUUAUCAGCAUACACAUUAGGAUUUAUGAGUCAUUGUUCUAGAUCUAAAUCUAUACCUAAGGCCUCGAUGUUCACAUAAAACUUAUAAUGGUGUGAUUGUAGAUUUGUAUGUAUGUGAUAGUAGAUUUGUUUUCAAGUUAUUGUAGACUUGUCUGGAAUUGAUUUUAGAUUUGUUUAAAUGUGAUUGUAGAUUUGUCUGACUGUGAUUGUAGAUUCGUUUAAAUGUGAUUGUAGAUUUGUAUGUAUGUGAUUGUAUAUUCAUUUAAAUGUGGUUGUAGGUAUGUCUUGCAAGUGAAUUUAGAUUUGUCUGACUGUGAUUGUAGAUUUAUUUGGAUGUGAUUGUAAAUAUGUUUGGCUAGUCACGUUUUUGUGACUAGCACAGAAAAUAAUAAUAAUAGUUUUUUUGUUUUUCAAUACAACACAAUACACGUGUGUUUAUGUGAGUCUUUAGUCUGAAAAUUACUGACGUUUUCAUUGUAUAAAUUGCGAGUCAUGUAUAAAAUUUAUUUUUACAAAUUUGUCCUUUUAAAAAAAAUGUACAUAAUAAUUAUUUAGUUGGGCGGCGUAGUAUACCUAUGAAAGUAUAUGCUCCUAUAAUUUAUGCUAUUUUUGGCUAAACAAAGAAGCUGACAUUAAAAAACAAAUAUAUUUAGUAGCCA